CUUGGACAAUAUUCCAUAUAGCUAUCAAAUUCAGGGCUGCCCUAAAUAAACUAAGAACAUACCAUUUUUCCCUCACCAUCCCCUUUCUCUUCAAAUCCAAAGCUGCUCCGUAAACCACAAAAAAAAUGACAGAGGCUGUUGUGUUCGGACUUAUAUCCAACUUCGCACCCGAUCUCCGAGAAGAGUUGAACUUGCUGACUGGAGUACGGGAAGACAUCGAAUACAUAAGAGCCGAAUUCGAGCGCAUGACACAUUUCCUUAGAGUUGCAGAUGCUAUAGAAGAUAGAGAUCCGAACCUCAAAGUUUGGGUGAAGCAAGUUCGAGAAGCUGCCUAUGACAUUGCUGAUGCUCUUGACAUGUACAUGCUUCGCCUCAAACAUGAUGAUCAUAGCAUUGGAUUCCGCAACUUUCUUCCCAUUGUUUCUUUCUUUAUUAGGACCGUAAAUGCUCGCAACCAAAUUGCUUCUGAAGUAAAAGGAAUCAAGUCUAGAAUCAUCAAUAUUUCUGAGGGACAUCAGCGAUAUAGUAACAUGUAUGGCAAAAUAGAGCAAGGCUCACGCUCCACUUAUUCAGACAUCGCAUGGUAUGAUUGUCGUGGCACUAUAAGAAAAAUUCAAUUGGAAGCUGACCUUGUGGGCAUUGACGAGCCCAAAUCACAGUUGAUUCAAUGGUUGUUGAAUGAUGAUCAUCGACUCAAGGUGCUUUCUAUAGCAGGAAUGGGUGGAUUGGGAAAAACCACCCUUGCAAAAAAAGUCUACGACGACGCAACAGUGAACAGUCACUUCCAGAACCAUGUUUGGAUCACCAUUUCUGAAUCAUUCAAGGUCGAAGAGCUUUUAAAAAAUAUAAUUCAAGUGCUCUUUGAAGAAGUCAGGCAACCACUCCCACAAGGAGUGGACAAUAUGAAUGCAAACAGCUUGAGAGGUAUAAUUAAUGCCUUUUUGCAGCAAAAGAGGUAUGUGCUUGUUUUUGAUGAUGUAUGGAGUAUUUAUGCAUGGCAAGUUUUAAGAAUCGUACUUCCUGAAUGCAAUUGCGGCAGUCGAGUAAUUCUAACAACAAGAAAUGGAGAUUUAGCAUCUUUUGCUAGCGAAGCAUAUCAUGGCAUGGUGUAUAAUCUCAAACCCUUGCCUCACAGUUAUUCAUGGGCCUUGUUUUGCUCAAAGACAUUCAAUGAGAAUUCUUGUCCUUCAUAUUUGGAAGAUCUUUCAAAAAACAUCUUGAAAAAAUGCGAGGGGUUACCCCUUGCAAUAGUGGCAAUUAGUGGUCUAUUAUCAACAAAACAAAAGAGUGUGGAUGAGUGGGAGAGGAUUUACCGCGGUCUUGGUGCAGAACUAGAAGGAAAUGACAAACUCAUGAGCAGGACUAAGAUAUUGUCCCUCAGUUACUUUGAUUUGCCUUACUAUCUUAAGUUAUGUUUUUUUUACUUGAGUAUUUUUCCAGAAGAUUGUCUCAUUGAUCACGGGAGAUUAAUUCGGUUGUGGGUGGCUGAAGGAUUUAUACAAGUGAAAGAUGGAAUGACAAGAGAAGAAGUUGCUGAGGGCUACCUUAAUGAGCUAAUGAAUAGAAGUUUAGUUCAAGUGACAGAUGUCACGAAAGAUGGAAGGUUCAAAGCUUAUCGGAUCCAUGACCUUUGGCGUGAAAUGAUAAUUGCAAAGUCAAGAGAGCAAAACAUUGUCACAAUAGCAAGUGAAAGAGGCAGAGAGUGACCUGAGAAAUUGCGAGUACGUCUCUCGGUCCACCAUAAUUUGGAAGAUAUUCAGCAAAACAUUUGUUUCACUCGCCUUCAUUCUUUAAUUGUGUUCAGCGUAACAGAUUCAGUGUCCAUUUUGUCAAAUGUUGCAUCCUUAGGCAAGGGUGUAAGGCUACUAACCGUGUUAGAUUUGAGAGGAGCACAAUUUGAAAUAUUUCCUCAUGAAAUUGUGGAACUCCUUAAUCUUACUUAUCUAAGUCUGAGGGCGACCAACGUAAAAAUGAUCCCGAAAGCAAUCGGAAAGCUCAAGAAGCUAGAAACAUUGGAUCUGAAACACACGAAUGUCACCGAGUUGCCUGAUGAGAUCUUGAAGCUCCAACAUCUUCGCCAUCUCUUGUUGUAUCGCUACAACAGCAACGGCCAUUGUUAUAAUCCUUUUCACCUUACAAUUGGCUUUAAAGCGCCGGCAGGAAUAGGAAGUUUGUUGUACUUGCAGAAACUAUGUGCUAUUGAAGCAAACCGAGGGAGUAAUUGUGGCAUCAUGCUAAAAGAGGUGGGGAAGCUAACUCAAUUGAGGAGAUUGGUCAUUGUAAAGCUACAAAAGGAAGAUGGGACGGUGCUAUGUUCAUCCCUUAAGAGGCUAGACAACCUUCGCACAUUGGAAGUUGUUGCAAAAGAAGAAGAUGAGAUCAUUGAUUUAGAUUCUUUGACUUUGCCACCCCAACUUCUUCGAGGACUCUAUCUAAGAGGACGUUUGGAGAAGAUACCGCAUUGGAUACCAUCUCUACGCAACCUGAAAAAAUUAUUCUUAGGAUGGAGUAAGUUAAAAGAUGUUGAUCCAUUGCAAUCCCUUCAAGAUUUGCCCAAUUUGAUUUACCUUGGACUUAACAUGGCAUAUGAAGGAGAUGGAUUAAUCUUCAAGGCUGGUGGGUUUGAAAAGCUUAAAGAAUUGUGGUUGGUUCACUUAGGAUUGAAAUGGGUGAGAGUGGAGUAUAGCUCGAUGCCUCUUCUUGAAAAGCUAUAUCUCUACGACUGUAAAUUAAUGAAAGAGUUGCCCUUAGGUGUUAAACAUUUGGCCACCCUCAAAAAACUAGAAUUGGGUGAUAUGUCUGAAAUAUUAAUUUCGAGGUUGAAAAGAGACUUACAAAGUGGAGGCUAUUGGAAAAUUGCACAUGUCCCUAUUGUUUGUGUUGGGGACUCCAAAUCUGGUUAUUGGACCGGUCGUUAUCUAUGAUACGGUAGAACAGGAGGGGAUGAGGAUUUUCGAAAUUGGGUUAUCCCCGUUAUUGAUGUGCCCUUUCUUCCUCAUAUUUUUUUGGUGUUUGUUAGAGCUUGAAAGCUUGUUUGUGUAAUCAUGUUGUCAAGUGUAGAUAUUUCUUUUGCGUACUUUUUUUGUCUUGAAUUGAUUGCUUUAUCGAGAACCUCAUAUUUGAUGUAAUAAUAAGCUUCACAGAAUUUAGAAUUUCAA